AAAAAACGCACUCUAUAACCGAUUUAAGAAUUAUGCAUGUACGUUCCCGGCGAUUAUUGCCACGCCGAUUCUAGCUAUGCCGCCUGGCUGGCACUUUAUAUUUCGGCGUACAGGCUUCCCUGUUGAAUCCCGCCAAAAUAUCGCAUCAUAGAGAUGAUUAGCCACUGAAAAAAUCAAUUAACAUGGCACCACGAAUUUUAGUUCAUUUUCUUCCGGUUUAAUAAUUCUCUCCUUCUCCCAUAUAUCCCUGCAAAAAUUAAAACGCGCACUACAUUAAUAAUCACGCAUUUUUCUUAAUUUUUUCGGCCAAAUGAGUUUGUGGAAACGGUUUCAAAGGGUCGGCAAAAAAGCGGCAAAAUUUAGAUUCACCAUCACUUAUCACGAAUUAAUCCUGGAAUAUGACAAAAAAUGGAUACCUAAUAGCGUUUGUAUUAUAUGGUGCCGACGGAACCGGAAAACAUCUACACAAUGGAGAAAAUGGGAACCAACUAUAGAUAAUUCCUUUAAGGGCGUAUUGACCUGGCCUAUACCCGAAACCACUGAAAUCGAAGUGACUCUCUACAGAGAUCCCAAGGAUCCUCAAAUCUUUGAGGACAAAGAAUGGACCAUAUUUAUCGAAGAUCGAAACAUCAAGGACAUCCAUAAUAAAAGGCAGCAGAUUACUGCUUCAACCGAUAUAAGGCUCAACAAUUAUGUGGGUGCUUGUUGCGGCUUAGAACCCAAGGUCAGCCAAGUCAAACUGAAUCUCAGACCCAACGGUAAAAGGGUCAGAGAAGCCAUCUUAAGUUUUACCGUGUCCUGCAAUUUUUUAAAGGAAGGAAAAGCCACUGAUGAAGAUAUGCGAAGCCUGGCUUCCAUGAUCAGCUUUAGCCCAGAGGACGAGUAUGAACACGACAAAUUCAGUAACAAUAGCCUUGACUCGAACUCCAACUUCGGAGCCAAGGUCAAUCAACUGCACAGGGAUUGGGCAAAGACCUGUGGCCAAAGUUCUGAUAAGACUUUUCAAAACGAUCAUCAUCGUUUAACGGGAGAAAAUGGGAAAAAUCUAAAAGACGUUAGUAUGAAUGGAGAUAGCAGUGCAAAUCAAAGUCCCGAAGAUGCUCAGCUUGAAAAGUGGUUCGUGGUAAAAGGAGCGAUUGAAGGGGAUGAGAAUAGCAAUAACCAAGUUAACGAUACAUCUCAACUAGACCUUAAUAAACUAAACAUUCCCACCAACAAUUCGACCAAACAAUUAAAAGGGGAAGGUUUAAGCGAAAAUAAACUUCACAAAAAGAUGAGCUUUUUUGAUUUGGAACAAGUUUCCAACUUGUUCAUCAAAUGCACUCCAGCCGGCAAUCAAUUCACGCCUAAUACUACGCCCUCUCAUAUAAAUAAAAUUGUCGAAAAUGAAAAAUGGGAUGAUAGUAAAAAAAGAAAUCCGCCCUUAAAAAAUAAUCAUCUAACGAGCACACCCUUGGCGAAAGCUGAUAAAAACAAUUUUGCCAUAUACGAUUCGCCUUUCAAAAACUUAAAAAACAAUCGUUAUUAUGGCUCCCUACGCAUCAAAAACGGUCAAUUUAUCAACAAUAACCUAGUUGCCUUGGGGAAUGACAAUUACAAAGAAAAACAUUAUGAAACCAAUUUUAGCAACAAAUUGAAUACUCUAACCUCCAUCGGUCUUCCAACAACUACGGGUUCUUUGAUGAGACGUCUGAGCUCAAGUUUUAGGAGACCUAAGCUAAAACACCUAAAUUUGAAUGCCACAACUACUCCCGAUAUUCACGCUGACUACAAAAAUAAGUUACUAAUACCUAAAAUAGAUCCCACUCCACGACUAAUUCCUAAAAACGGCGUGGACGUUCAAAAUUUGUUAAAGUCGCCAGCUGUGGAUUUGUUCGAAUGGUGCGACGAUAUCUGCAGAACUCACGGUUUAGAGGUCUCUAACGAAAAUAAUUUUAUAGACCGAUUUAGAGAUGGAAGGAUAUUUUGUGUCGUCAUCGAACAUUACCAACCCGGUUCAAUAGAUUUAGCAUCCUUGCCACCUAACGACAUUGAAGGCAAUAAUAGAAAAGCAUUUAAAAUAGCUUCCGAUUUGGGAAUACCUCCUUUGAUUGAACCUCAGGAGAUGUUGCAAAAUGAUAAAAUUGAUAAAUUAGCCAUCGUCACAUAUUUGUAUCAAUUGAAAACAUUUUUCGAAAGGAGGAAUAGAAAUGUUGCUCAAGUCAAAGCUUCUAUAGCUACAUCUGCUUCCCUCCAGCCUAGCCUAAUUUCCUCGCCUCACAAAGACGUGGCUAAAGAAAACAAUCGAAUCCAUACAUUUUCCCAGGAUGUCGAAACAAGUGAAAAAUCCAGCCCUACCGUCGAGGAAAUCCUCGAUGAAACUCAAAAAUAUUUGACACUCAAUAAAAUCGAUACAAAUAAUGUUCCAACAUCUUUCACAACUUCCAAAAAUGAUCUUAAUCCUUUUGCAAGAAAUGAUGAUCGAAAGGCGCACACAAAGUUCAAAAUUGAAACCCAGCAGCCAACGAAUAGCAAUAAAAGUUUUCCGGUUUUCCGGGAUUUACCUAAGCCAAUCAAAGCAUCUAGGGACGAUAUCAAUACUAGCCAAAAAAAAUACCCUAGUCCAUCAACUUUUGCCAGGGGCAAACCGGCUUACGCCAGUGUUAGGGUUGGUACUGGGUACGAGGGAUAUAAAGAAAAAGUUCCUUCCAACUUUACCACCAUAUUUACCGACCGCGAGAUAGAACUCAAAAAUAGAGCCACCACUUUAGUCAAAGAAGCUCGCCAAAAAGCUAAGCUUAAACAGUUGAGAGCGCUAACAUUCGAUAACCUAAGAACAGAAAGUUUUGAUAAAAAUUUGAUUAUUGGCAAUGUGGUUACUAGCGAACUCAGAAAAAAAAUUGACGACAAAAAUACGGAUAAACUUGAACCCAGUCUUCGCGAGAUUCCGUUUGAUUCGAAUAAUUUCAACAGGGGUCAAUAUUUAAAAUCUCCGGCUAAUAAUUCCAAAAAUCAAUCCUUCCGACUCAAAAUAAAGCCCGACUUUGAUUUCCAAUUUGCCGACACUUACGUUGAAUUGACGCCUCAACAAUUCGUAACUACUCCCAUAAACCUAAAAUCGGACGCGUUUUUGUCUACCAAACCCGGAGAUACCAAUGGUAAUGGUGAUGAAAAAGAAAAUAGGUUCUUCACAAUUAUUGAUGAUAAUAAUGGCGUCGAAAAAUUGGAUAGCGGCGCAUUAGAUGGAUCCAAAAAAACUUCCUCCGACAUGCCCACAUUUUCUUCCACUGUGUCACAUAUGGAGAAAGAAGAAGAGAAGAUUGAAGAAAAUCAGUCAUCUCUAAUCGAUUUAAAAGCCACUAACACGAUAACUCAUAAUCACGUGCGCAAGGGAAACGAAGUUUACGAGGGAAAACAUAUUAAUAUAACAGAAACCCCCGAACCAUACUCUCCCAAAAAACUCAUCGCAAAACCUCCCGCCACUUCAUCCAUACCUUCCUUCUCAAAUAAUGGUGAUAUAAUGAUUAGGAUCAAUAAAUUGUUAGAACAAGAUCAAAUCGAUGAUAUCGAGGAUGCAAAAACCUCCUUAGCUAAAGAUAUCGACAGCAAGCAACCAAAAGCUCACAUUGAUGUCAUCGGGAAUGGAUCUGGUUACAUGGGCGGAAAUGACAAAAGGAGCCUGUACUUUGAAAAAGAAUUCGAGAAGUUGAAUCAGAUGCAAAAGGAUUUGGACGAGAAAGCUUAUGCGCUCGAGAAGGAGAUAAGGAAUUCCAUUGCCAACAAAGAAACUCAUAAAGAAAGUAUCUUGCUGAAAGAGUGGUUUGAAAUUGUGGAAACCAAAAACUCGCUGAAUUGUCAACAGAACCAACUUACUAUCUAUGAACAGGAAAAGAAUCUGGAAAAGAAAUACGAGAUGUUGAAAAGGGAGCUACAAAGGAUAAUGGAGAUUCCAGAAUCCUUAAAAACUCAGCCAGAUUUAGAGAGGGAGAAGUUGCUAAUAGCCGAACUCGUCAAUGUUGUCAAUCAACGAGAUAUGCUGGUACAAAAUUUAGACAUCCACGAACAAAGCCUUUCCGAUGCCCAAACCAGAUGCCCACCCAGUGGUCAGCUUAAACCUGACUUUUCCGCUAAGCCACGAUCCACCUCGCCUUCUCGUGGCUACAAUAAUUACUACAAUUCAAAACUCUCACAAAAUAUAUCAUUCAUUAAUAAAUCUGACCAGGCGCCACCUCACUUAGACGCUUACGGUACCUUUAUCAAGGCUUCAAAAAACGUUUUUUACAAUUCUCUUCCACGCCCUUUGAGAAGCUCCAAUUCAUUUAUACCGCAGCAAGAAGAAAUUGUGGACGCAAACUAUUGGAAUAUGAUGGCCAAUAAAUCCAUGAAACCUGGGACAUCCACCACUUUACCCCCAGAAUUUCAUGCCAUCAAUCAAGAGGGUGAUUACCAGUUUUCGGCCGAAGACGAUAAAAAUUGCGUGGUUCAAUAAAAGAAAAUCAUAAAACCAAUUAUUACUAUUGAGUAUACUAGUUAAUAGGAAUAGAAGGCUUUUUUGAGGGAAGAUAGUUUAAUAAGCCAUUUGACUAAUUCAUACGUUCACAAUGCAAGAAACGUGGUUUCUAUUCCCCCCCUCCUCACGCCAAAAAAUUGUUUUUUUCAAAAAAUGUCAAUGUUAUAUAUACAUUUAUUUAUAUCAAUUUUGACUCAUAAUUUAUUGUAGGGGAUAUAUGUAUGUAUAAUUUUUAUUUUGAAUAUAAAUAAUGAAUUUUUUUAAAAAUUUUAUUUCCAUUUAAAUAUUAAAAAUCAUGAAUAAUUUUUUUAAAUAAUAUAAUAGUAUAUUAAAAAAUUGCUUCCUCCUCUUAUAUAUGUAUUAUUUUUUUUAGAAAAUUUAUAAUUUCUUUUUUUGGAAAAAAGGAUGAUGAAAAUGUUUAUGAAUCAUCUUUUGCUAUUAAAAUUGUCCAUAUUUUUACCACAAAUUAUUUAAUUAAUAAAUUGUUAUUUUUCUUCCGAUUAUUUAUUAUUACAAGCGAUUUUGUAAACAAAAUUUUAGUUUUUUUUUAAAAAAAGUUUUCGCCUUAAUGUAUUUCGCAACAUUUUUUUAUAAUCGUUUUCCUAGUGGAAUCUCAUAAAACGUUUCUUUUUUUAAAAAAAAGAUUUAAAAAUGUUUAAAUGAAUAAUUUCGGCAGUUUUCUUCAAUUAACUGUAUAUUUAAUACGUCUUUUCAAAAACUAUGAUUUGGAUCAUUUGUAGCCCCUAUG